CAAAUUAAUUUUACAAGUCUGUGAAUAAUCUGGGCGUAAUCAUAAGAUUUUGAAUUAUUAGAAGAAUUCAUAUAAUUCGUAAAUUAUUGUAAAAAAAUUUAAGUUUAAUAUUUUAAUUCGAAAAAAUAAAAAUAAUUUGAACGUCAUGAAUUAUUCGAUAAAUAGUAAAUUGGACUUUUUGUUUAGAGUACGUAUAUUAUUUCUAUAUGUUAAACUGUUGUAGAGCAGAUUUAAAAGCAAAAAAAAAAAAAAGUGAUUUAAAUAAAUAUGCUCGGAAAAAGUUAAAACUUGCCAAAAAUUCAUUUGUUUUUAUUUAUUUUGUUCGAAUACGAAAGAAAAAGGUUUAUUGUAAGUUAUUUCUCCUCAGGAAAAAUUAAAAAAAUAAGACUCGAGAGUUGUGACCAUGAUAACUUAAGAUAAACAUAUAAAAAAUUAAACAAAUUCUAUAGUAUAAUUUUCAUAAAAAUUAUUUUGCAUAUUAUAUACAUUUACUUAUUAAUAAAUACUAUUAAACAACAGUAAUUUAACUUAUUUUUUAGUUAAAACUAUCAACUGAUUAAAUUAAGUAAAGUAAUUUUAAAUGUAUAGCGACAAAUAUUCAAUUGUAUAAAUGCCUAAAAAAAAUACUUGCUAUUAAUUAAAACUAUUUUUUUAACAAAUAAUAAUAAUAAUUAAGCACUCGGCUGUGUAGAUUGUACGGUACAAAAAUCAAAUUAAAUUAUUUUGUUAAAAGAACUUGAGAGAUAAAAUAAGAAAGAGAAAAGAGAAUAUAAUCGUGAGAAUUAAAAUGUAAUUGUAAUGUUAAAGAAACGAAUAUUUUUUCUCAUUAAUCUCACAAUGGAGUGUCAGUCGACUCUGUCUUGUGUUAAUUUCAUAUUAACUGUCUUGUGUAAACAGGCUUUCAUUAGACAUUAGAUACCACUCUAUACUAUAUAAUAAUAUAGUAAUGAUUGUAUAAUAUCCGAUUCAUAACCGAGAUAAGUUUCUUUCACGUAUUAACCGGAUGUCGAUGCAUGAAACUUCUGGGCACUUGUUUACAUUUUAAUACAGAAAAAAUGAAAAUAAUCUUUAAACAAACAUUUGAGACUUGAGUUAAAUAAAACGAUUAAAUAAUUAGUGAUUAUGAUUAAAAAUAAAAAAAUCGUACAACAAACUUUUGACUGAAAUGAUACAUGAUGCAUGUUAUCGCGAUAAAAAAUAACGUAAGAGUAUAACUGAAAAGACAAGAAGAAAAAUGAUAUAAAAAAUUUAGUAGUAGUAGUAGACUUGGAAGUAAAACUGAAGCGAUGCGUCAUCCGGCAAAUACAAGAUUGUUAGUAUACGAGUUUCUCGAAGCGUGACACGGUUUUAUUUAGACCCGUUCAAUUCUCAUUGGGCAAGGAUCAAGGAUCUAUUCUGCAUGUUCAUUAAUACUAUAACCGCGAUAUUCUUAAGGCAGAAAAAAAAAAAUAAUAAUCACUCCGUUAAACGUAUGCUAAUUAAAUUAAUUUUAACUUUUAAAUUCUUAACCGUUAUAAUAUUAAUAAUUGCAGAAUAAAAAAACAAAUUGAUUUAUUUAUUAUUUACUUUACUCUCAAGUUGAAUGAAUGAUUGUCGAGAAUGUCGAGAUACAAUUAUUAUCAUUAAAUUUGCGUGCGUCUAAUUACUUUAAGAGUAACUAAUUUACGUCGCUCAAUCGUUUAUUUGUACAAACAAAUGACAAGAUUGUUUCGCAAACUCAACCAUCCCAACAAUAGCUUGUAAAAACAACAUAAUGCUUUUAUGAACAUCAUGUUUAAACUUUACAGUCCUCUAUUAUUUUGUUCUGCUUAAAUUAUAAUAAUUGUGGUUAUUAACAUACUUCUUUAAUCGGUUUUUUUAUGUAACAAAAUAUUUACCACACCCUUAUUCUUAAUUUUUUAAUUUUAAAGCCACAACUUAAUGAUUUAAUUUGUUCCUUUAUAGUCAUCACUAGUUGACUAGCAUUUCAGUUAAUUAGAAAAUAAUCCAAUAAGCUCAAAUAAAAUUUAAGUUAUGGGUUGAAGACGACAACAAUGACGACCUAUCCUAUUAUAGUAAAAGUAUACAAAGGAAGGAAGAGAAUGAAUAAGUUAUAAGAAUGUGAAAGAGGUGCUUGUUUAGUGUGGUAUAAAAUGAUGAUACAGUUACCUGAUCCUGCCAGUUGAUGCGAAUUCUACUCUAGUAUACAAUCGUUUGUUGUUAUAAUAAUAACGAGAUUACUCUCUUGUGUUAUUAUGUAGUAAUAAAUUAUUAAAUUACGGGAAGGGAAAUCAAUCUUACAUGACUUUAAAAACAAAACUUUUAUAUUUUAGUGUUUUACAGUCAAUACGUGUGUGUGUGUGUGUGUGUGUGUGUUAAUGUUCUUGGGGACUUGAUGAAAGAUAUAGAGUUGAGUCAUAGACAACCUUCAGGGCUAAAAAGCUUUAGAAUUUUACAUAACAAUAAUUAUCGGAAUGAGAAAGUCAUGGUUUAUGCUGAUGAUAGAGAUGAUAGAUUGUGGAGAUGAUGGAGAGACGUGUAAAAAUUAAAUACCCGAUGAGGGAAUACACUAAUAAUUAUUUUUUAGUUUUUUUAUUUUCUUUUACUAUUUUUAAAUAUAAUGUUUAUGCGCUGGAUCUCACCAUUGAUAAUCGUUUAUUUGUUACUCCAAGUGAUUGUUAUAAAAGAAUAAUAAUUGGUUCACGUCUUGAAAAUUCUUCAAUAACAACGACAAUUGAAGCAUCAAGUGUUUCAGAUUGCGAGACCGCUUGUUCAGCCAACGGAACAUCCUGUGUUUAUUUUAGUUUUGGUGUCGGAGCAAGGGGAAAUGGUACGUGUAUGCUCGGACAAAAUAUAACUCAAAGCACAAACCCAUUCACUGCCGAUACAGAUUAUGACAUAUAUGCUAAAGGAAAAGUGUCCUUAUUAGGAUGUCGAAUUAGUAAAGAUUGGUCAAAAAAUAUUUUAUCAAAUGUACUGUCACCCAUUGCUAAUAAUCAGAAUAAAAUUAAUUCAAAUUUAAAUUUAAAUAACAAAAAAACAGCACCAACUUUAAUUAUCAAUAAUAAUCUAGGAAGAAUUUUUGGCAAUUCAAGUUUAUUAAAUACUUUUGAAAAUUCAUUUUUCACCAAAAGAAUAAAUCAAACUAAUUUAAAUAUUAAUCCAAUACAAACAUCUAGUUUAACUCCGUCAUUUAAAAAUGAUGCUCGGACAAGAGUACUUGAUAUUUUAAUAAAUAAAAAACAAAAUAACUACAAAAAUAAUUAUCUAAAUAAAAUAAAUGAGCUUAAUAGUAAUCCACUAUUACAUCAGGAUGACUUUGAAUCUCAUUACUUGAGUACUCUUAAAGACAUACAAAUUCCUCCAGUAGAAGAAAAAAAAAAUAAGGAAUUAACAUUUUUUGGACAAAAAAUAAUAAAUCCACCGAAUAAUUUUUAUACAUUUCGAAAUCAAAAAGAAAUAUUGCCAUCAGUUAUUGAUGACUAUAAUUAUCCUACAGCAUUAGAAUACUAUUCUGAUUUCGGUCGAAAAAUUCAUGAUCAAUCAAACUUUGAAUUUGAAUCUCAAUCUCAUAAUGAUGAUAAUUAUUGGAUCAACUCUGGUUAUGAAAUUAAACAAAAUCCAUCAGAAGAUUUAGAGGCACAAAUAUUUGGAUCAAGUGGAGUUGAACUGAAAGGGGACAAAGCUUGUUUUCGAAGAUCGGUCUCGGGUAAACGGAUUGUCAAUUCAUACAUACGAAGAUCAAUGGAUUGUAAUAGAUUGGAAGAUUGUUAUCGGAUGUGUGAGUACGAGAGAUCUUUUACAUGUGAAGGUUUUAAUUACAGAGCUCAACCAACCGGUAAAAGUAUUUGCGAGUUAACAUCCACGCCAAUGAAUCGGGUUAAUGUACAUAGAGAUUUCACUCAAGAUCGUCGUUGUGACUUUUACGAAAGAGACUGGACACAUCACUGUUUCCAUGGGCAUGAUAAAAAUAUACCAUCGUCACAAAAUUGGUGGUCAAAUUCUAAACCCUGGAACCCAGAUGGACAGAAAGAGUAUCCAUUUAUUCCAAAAGACUUUCGGCCUUGGAAUACUGAUGAACAAAGAGGGUAUCCGUCAAUUCCAAAAGAUCCACGACCGAGAUUACCUCCAGAUCGCAACCCUCUCGUCACGCAACCGGCUCCUUAUGGAGGAUCGUUUAAUGAAAAUACUCAGCUGACUAUUGAUUUAUCGAGACCACUUGAUCCAGGAAGACGUCCAGAAUCAGGUCAAAGUCAUGAUGAUUCGUGGUUUCGACCUGGAUCAAGUGGAGAUAGACCCCUUCCUGUUCGACCUAUUGAAGAUUAUUAUCCCAUUUAUGAUAAUGAUAGACCUGAAAGGCCUGAACGACCUACAGAAAAUGAUUUUUAUAAUUAUAACAAUAGAAAUCGGGGGCCCGAAAGACCUUAUUUACCCGCAAGGCCGGGAGAUUUUAAUGGGAAAAAUGGAAAUGGAUAUUCAUAUGGCCAUCCUGUGUCUGAUAGAUGGCAAGGAAAUUAUUUUUCUAAAUAUCCUCAAAGAAAAUACGGAUAUGGUUCUGAUCCAGAAACAAAUGAAAUAGCUCCGUAUAAUCCAGAACGUAGAAAACCAUUGAAACCAGGACAUUGGGAUUCAUAUGGUCCAUCAUACGCUGAUGGUUAUCAUACUCAUUAUAUUGGAGACUAUAAACCAACUCAAGAAUCUCCUAUAGGUCGAGAACCGCUUCCACUCCCACCCUCACCUCUGCCACUUCACCCACCGCCAGUAUCUAAUGAUCAUGAUUACCCUCCUGGACCAUAUUAUAAUUAUGGAGGAGCUUAUGGUUACUCAAAUACUCCAGCUUUGCCGCCAAAAAAUUUACCUCAUCCGUCAAAACUGUGCUCUGUUAGAUCUGCUGGUGGAUUCAGACUUGCACGAGGUAUUAUACGAAAGAGUUAUCUCACUCCGAAUUUAGAGCAGUGUCAAAGUUUGUGUGAUGAACAAAAAGAAUUUUCAUGUCUUACAUUCGCUUAUAGGUAUAAUUUAGCUGCAACAUCACCCUCAGACAAUUGUCUUCUUAGUGAUAUAGUCUUUGAAAAUCUUGUAUUUUAUACAGACCUUGAGCCUGACCGUGACUAUGACAUUUAUGCAAUGACGAAAAAUUCAAAAUGGUGUCAAGUUAAAACAAAAUCGUCAAAUCCUAGACGUCCACAUCCACCGGAUGAAUGUUUUUGGCGUGUUAGGAGUGGUUUCAGUAUGCCACCGUCAAUGAUAAAAAAACCAAUACGCGUUGACGGUAUGGGUGAAUGUCAAGUUAAUUGCGUUGGUUCAAGAGAUUUUACCUGCCGAAGUUUUGUCUUCAGAUAUGAAACAUACUCUGGAAAUGGACAAGCAAAUUGUUUACUGAGCGACUGGCCGGCAGUAGAAAUAAAACCAGAGGCCAUGCAAGAUAUGGACGGUGCUGAAUUAUAUGAAAGAGGCAGUUUUGGACGUGGUUGUGAGCCUCAUCAUCCAGUAGCACAUCCUGAUCCUGGUGCACAUCGUCCAGUUGAUCGUAGACCUUUUCGACCGGACGAUGCUUCCUGUUAUACUGGGUUCGACAGGCCGUGCAAAUUAACCCCGUAUGCAAUAAUAUUUACGUUAAAAGUUGGCUCUGAAGCUGAAUGUCGUCGAAAAUGUUCAAAUAUGAGGCAUCGAGAUUCACCUCCAUGUAUGUCUUAUAAUUACAAAAUUAGUAGUAAUCCUCAGGAUGAAAAUUGUUAUCUCAGUGACGUUUCUUCACGAGAUUUACGACUUGGCUUAGACUAUACUCAUGAUAACGAUUACAUACUAUACGUUUGGAAAGAAUUAGAAUCAAGAUGUUCAGCAGACGACAGUUAUGAUGACAAACAACCAAGUUAUUAUCCACUUCCUCAUCCAUCUGGUCAUAAUAUUUAUCGUCCAGUAGCAGAUAAACCAUAUGCAAAACCAGAUGAUCCUUAUUAUUACGAUAUAGGAAUUUCAGAUCCAACAAAACCAAUAAAACCAACAAUUACUGCAUUAGGUCCAGCUUAUGAUACCGGAGAAUAUUCAGGAGGAAAUGAAAAUAAUGGGUAUCAUGAAAAAUUCUUUUUUUCAACACGACCCGAUGAGUCAUCCGUGUUUCGUCAUUUUACCGUAAAUGGAAAUCCUUGCAAUCGAGGAACAAAAUGUGAAAGAAAUAGAUUAGCUGGAUUUUGGACUUGUCAACCAGAAGGUUCGGAGCCCGAUGGUUGGGAAUAUUGUUGUGAUCCUGGUCAUCAGUGUGGAUUUUCACAUGGUUAUAAUUAUCCUUGGUGUUAUGUAGGUCCUUCUGUAGAUCAAUGGAGACCUUGUAGUGAAAAAUAUCAUCCUUAUCAAUUGAAUCCUCGACCAUUAAGACCACCAAUAAUAAAUCGACCAUUACGGCCUAGAACUGAUAGUUGUGAGUAUCAAUGCAGACAUUGGCCCAUUACUUUUUUACACAGUGAACCUCCACCUAAUGGUACUAAUUCUGUUGCACUACCGAAUUAUGCUACAGACCGUAGUUCAAGUGAAUCUGAUAAUAAAUAUAAAGAAAUUUCAGGCGUGUCAAAAAAUUCAAGUCGAUAUAGAAAUCAUACUAAAAGACGUGAAAUAGAACCUUCUUUUUCAUCUUCAACUAUAUUUUUAUCAACCUCAACUUCUUCAUUACCAUUAUCAUCAACAUUAUCAUCAUUUUCUUCUUUCCCCUCAACAACACCAUCAACUACUUCUUCUUCUUCUUCUUCUUCUUCUUCUACUUCUUUACCUACUCUAUCAAAUAAACGUAAAAGAAAUAAAAUAAGUUUAGUACCAAUAAGAAUAAUUAGAAAUAAAUCUAAUAGUACACAUGGAAAAUAUGUUAUAAGAAGAUUAAGGCCGCGUUUAAAAGGAUCAAAUCUUGUAAAUGCAUCAUUUAAUUACUCACAAAGAUUUUCACGAGAUGAAAACACUGGACAGUAUUAUAUAACUAAAAAAUUAUCAACAUUAUCUAAUAAUACUAAACGAGCACAACCUACAGGUAAAGUUGAAAGAGUUGUAAUACAGGAUAAUUUUAUUGAUGAUAAUGAUAAUGAUAACAAUAAAACAAUAGAGUCUCAGCUUGUAACGACGCUAUUAUCUGAACGCCCGAACAAUACUCAACUGCAAACUAUUCCACCCGUGACAGUGAAUGUAGUGAUAAAUGAGACUAUUAAUUUAAAUGAUACUAAGCAGUGGGAAAAAGUGACAACUAUUGAUAGGCCAGAUAAUUAAAAAUUACAAUUAUCAGAUGAAAAUAUAAUAUAGACUAUUCUUUUAAUGUGUAAAACGUGUAAAAAAAAAAUAUAAUAAUAAGAUAAAUAUUAAACGUUUUUUUAAAAUUAGUUGUUAGUUUAAGUUUAUCGAAAGUAAAUUAAUUUAAUGAUAUCAUAUAUUGUAAUCAAAGUCUUUUAUGAUGACAGUUUAUUAACAUAUAAACUAAAGAUUUUAGUAGAUUUCGUGAAAAAAAAAUUUUUCAAAAUGUUAUGAAUGAAUAAUUUUCAAAUUUUAGACAAUUAAGCUUUUUUCAAAAACUUUAUUUUUAGAAUUUUCGUUUGAUGUUUGUUUUCUAAACUUGUUACAAAAAAAUGAAAAAAAAUAAAUAACCGUUUUAAAUAAAUAUAUAUAAAAAAAGUGUAAAUGAAGUUAAAACAAUGUAGGUACUGAACCGACCUGUAUUUUUAGUCUUUAAUUUUCCAAAAAAUUUUAACUCAAAGUUACCAAUUGCCUCAAAUUUUGGAUUUUCUUAUCAGAAUUUUUUUAAACUUUUUUUGUGUUUACAUGGGAUGUUUAAUAUUUUGGAUUAUAUUGUAUAAGCUAUCAACAGGUCUGUAAAUAAAAACAA